UUGCUGCGCUACACCCUGGAUAAGUUUGGUUUGGAACGGGUGAGGAUCGUUGCCAGUGAUAAUCUUUGGCAGCCAAUCGCGUACGAGAUGCUGCAGGACUUGGAACUCCUCAGGGUGAUCGAUGUGAUAGGAGCCCAUUAUCCCGGAACGCACGCGGUUCCCGACGCCAUUUCCACGGGAAAGAAACUCUGGGCCUCGGAAGAUUACAGCACUUUUAACGACGAGGUCGGCGGCGGCUGCUGGGCACGAAUCCUGAACCAGAAUUAUGUCAACGGGAAUAUGACAUCAACCAUCUCGUGGAACCUCGUGGCCAGCUAUUAUGAGCAGCUUCCGUUUGGUCUGGAAGGACUGAUGACCGCCAAAGAACCAUGGAGUGGAAACUACGUGGUCUCCUCUCCUAUAUGGGUCACAGCUCAUACCACGCAGUUCACGGAGCCGGGCUGGUUCUACCUCCGUACGGUCGGCCACUUGGAGAACGGCGGUAGCUAUGUUGCUCUCACAGACAGGCUGGGGAAUCUCACUAUUAUUAUAGAGACGAUGUCGCAUGACCAUUCUGUCUGUAUCCGUCCUUUUCUGCCUAAAUUUAACGUCUCCUCUCAGAACGCCACGUUCAAGCUCGAUGGUCAACUUAAGGAUAUAAAGAAGCUGCAGGUCUGGCAUUCCAAGCUUUGUACCAACGCCACCGAACACACCUUGUUUCAGAAGAUGUCCCCAAUAACGGUUCGGAACGGCGUGUUCUCUCUGGAGCUGGGUGUGGACGAGGUGUACACUCUGACAACUCUUAAAAAGGGCCAGAAAGGGUCUUACCCCGAGCCCCCCAAGCCUCAGCCCUUCCCCCGAAAGUACAAGGAUGACUUUAAAGUCCGUAACCCUCCGUUCAGCGAGGCUCCGUAUUUCGCCGACCAAUCUGGAGUUUUCGAGUAUUUCAUUAACUCCUCGGACCCCGGAGAUCACGUUUUCACCUUCCGGCAGGUGCUGACCCAGCGUCCCAUCUCCUGGGGGUCUGACGCCCCUCAAGCCAUCAGCGUCAUUGGAGACUUCACUUGGUCGAAUGUUACUGUGACCUGUGACAUUUACAUCGAGACCCCGGACACAGGAGGAGUCUUCAUCGCAGCCAGAGUGGAUCAAGGCGGAUCCCAGAGUUACUUGGCCAAAGGGAUCUAUUUCUGGGUGUUUGCUGACGGCACUUAUAAAGUCACCGGAGAUUUACUUGGGAAGAUCGUUCUGCUGAAAGGACUUUCUGGUGUCCGCGCCGGGACUUGGCACACACUGACCCUUCACGUUGAGGGUUCCAGUGCCUACGGCCUCCUGAACGGCCUUCCUUUGUGGAAAGGCGAGAUUACGUUGGGACCGACUCAUGGCUGGGCCGCCAUAGGGACCGGCUCGUUUGAGUUUGCGCAGUUUGAUAACUUUAUGAUCGAAGCCAAAGUUCUGUAAGCUCUGAACGGCGUCCGGCGGCUUGAUUUUUGUAGCACUGAUUGUGGCGGACUACGGCUAUACUGUGAACUGAGCGGAAGGGGGAGGGGCGCUGCUCACACAAACUCCAAUUGUCUGUAUGGGAUAUAGGAUCUGGGUGGUCAGCGCAAACUAUGAUGGGGAUGGAUAUGGCGGUACGGUUAGGAGCCUUUUACACUUUAUAGCAGUGUGCGCAGACUUGAAUCAUGGUUUUUACAGAUGCGUCUGAGUUUUUUUGCACUUAAAAUUUCGUCCACUCUUCUUUACAGAUCUUCUAUAAAUCCUUAAGAUUUCUUGGCAACUCGAAGUUUCAGCUCCCUCCAUACAU